AAUUGGCGUAUUCGACUGGUUGAUUUCGUGAAGAAACAAAAAGUUGAUGACAUCUUUUUACAUUCGACUGGACUUUUCUGAUGAGCAACAAAAAAAUGUUGAGUACGAAACUCAUCACAGAUAACACCGCGAUUAGUAAUACCACGUGACAAGUUGAAGAUGGCGGAGAAAAAGUCGUACUGGAAUCAAAUACAUCUAAAGUAUCUGGAUGAGCUAGAAAUAAUACAAGUUUUGGAUGCCCCUACAAUAAGGAGGUUAGAAAAUGGAGAUGAAGAAUUACUCCAACAAAUUCGGAAAAAUGUGGAAGAGUCUGGAAUGGCAGAAGCUGCACAACAGCCUGCAUGCAUUGAAGAAAAAACUCUUGCAUGUACUAGCGUGGAUAAUUUGGAAUUUGAAGAUGAGGCUUCAAACAGUGAUCUGGAGGAAAACACAGUUGACAGUCAGCCAAUUUCAUGGACGAGAGAAGCGACAGAGCUAUUAAUAAGCUUAUAUGAGGAACAUGAAGAAGAACUAGAAAAUCCACGAAACAAAAAAAAGGAUAUUUGGAAGAAGAUAACUGCAGAACUUAAUGAAGCAGGAUACAAAUAUGUACAAAGCAAAGUUGAAGGGAAAUGGAGAAGCCUACUGGCAUCACACAAAGAUCUGUCUUUGAAUAAGAAGCGAACUGGCCAGAAGAGGAAGACUUUCCAGUACUUUGAGAAAAUUGAUAACAUUAUAGCAAAACGCCAUGAUAUCAACCCUCCAUUUACUUCAGAAUCUUCAAAACAGAAGGAAACCAAAUUCAGCACAAAAGUAGACAAAAACAUGACUAGUUGCACUUCUUCACAAACAGACGAGGAAAGUUCCACUGUUAGUAAUGACAUUUCCUCUUUCAGCCCAUCUAGUACAGAUACACCAGAUAUCAACAGUGACAGCGGAAAAAACGUGAAUGCUGAAAAUACUGAAACCCCCUUGAGUAAAUCUACCACAGCAAAAAGAAGGCGAGAAAACAGGAAAAUAAAUAGUGAGAGUAAUUCAGAUUACCUUUCCAAAUUGCCACCUCAUAUUCUGGACAAAAUUUUCAUGCAUGUUCAAAAAGUAGAUUUACAUGAAGUUUGCAAAGACUUUAGAAAUUAUGUUUAUUACAAGAGAACUGAUUUUGUUGUCCAUGUUGAUGCUUUAUCUGUGCACUGUGGCAUUAAAUUUAUGCCAAAUUUAAAGAAAUUGACCAUUACCGCACUUAACAAUUGUCAGGAGAUAGCUCUUAUACCUGUCAUUGAGCUUUUUAUUGAUUUUGAAUUCAAGAACUUAGAAAUUCUUGUCCUUAAAAAUUUUUCUUUCGAAAAUUCCUUGUUUUCAGCAUUUACUGAAGCUCUAUCACAUGUGAAAUUAUCAGCACUGCAGUUUGUGACAUGUGACGAGGUCACACUUGGACAACUUAAAUGCAUUCUUGAACAAAUUAAAACACUGAAAUUCUGUGACAUUCAGUGCAAUUUAGAAAAUGUUGUAGAUAAACAUGUUUUUGCAGAAUUGGCCAAUCAGUUAGUUGGAGAAGUGAACUUUAAUUUGAACAGUCUAGAAAUGGUUCCUUCCAGUCUUUUGCGGCACAGACGAGCAGAUUACAGAGCAUUGUGGCCUAAAGGACAGUCUUUUUUGUGA